GUAUCGAUUAGUAACAGAGUUCUACAAAGUUCCAUGAAGGUAUAAAACUGCACGGCUCAAAGUAGUACCUGCUUACGAGCGCCUGAUUCAACCUUCAUUGCAGAAACUCCUCAGAACACAUUCAGCACGUUUCUUCUGCGGCGAAAUUGGGAACUGCACUUGAUAGCCAUAAAAAAGUACGAUAAAAAGACAAGAAAAGUUGCAGGAGAUUAAACUCUGUGGACAGGUGACUGAAGUUCACGUCUGCACCCCUGUUUUAUCACCCUCGCUAAAACCGCUUUCAUGAGUGGGAAUUACAGCCUGGGUUCCCGCUGCGUCUCACCACCUUACUUUAUGAGUUGGCCAGGGGAGCCAGUUAACUUUUACGAAAGUAAAGGCAGUGGUGGUGGUAAUCUGGCAACGGCCUGCAAGACAACCCGGGGAGUCAAUUGUGAGGAGGGCAGCACCCUACUUGAGCUGAGUGCUGCUCCUGCAAUCUAUGAAGAUGAGAGUGCUAUAGACUUCAGUGCAUAUAUAGACUCAAUGGCCUCUGUCCCCAACUUGGAGCUGUGCAAUGAUGAACUUUUUGCGGACUUGUUUAAUAACAGCCAAAAACCCGAAAAGGUGGAGUAUGAGAACCUCCAUUCUACUGGUGGCGCUUCCGUCAGCCACCAGAAAGACUAUAACGGACUACCUGUGUUACAGAGUUCUAUUACAGAGCAUCGGUUGAAGUUAGCUAAUGUAGCAUUAAAACAAGAACCUGACUGGAGUGACAGCGACCUGUCUUCUUCUCUCCCCUCUCAGAUUGCAGCAUGCGCACAGACCACCAUGAACUUGUCAACUGGUCAGCCUACUCCUCCAUCCUCCCCAGAACCUAGCCCUUGCUCAUCCAACAGGUCCAGCAGCCACAGCAAGGAAAAGACAAAAAAGCACGUUGACCGCGCCAGCCCCGAGUACCGACAGAGGAGGGAGAGGAAUAAUAUAGCUGUGCGCAAGAGCAGGGACAAAGCUAAGAUCCGAAACAUGGAGAUGCAGCAAAAAAUGGUAGAACUAACCUCCGAGAACGACAAACUGCAGAAACGCAUCGACCAGCUUAGCAGGGAAUUGGCAAACUUGAGAAGCUUUUUUAAACAGUUCCCCAAUUCGACAUUUUUGGGUACGACAAAUUUUGCAAAUGUUGACUGCCGGUGAGGUAAUGAAACCAAGACUGUGUAAAAAAGACUUUAACAUAAACGCAAUACCUCAACACUUGCAGGAACCUGCAGCCAAAAGUACUGUAUUACCAAGAAAUGGAACUGUGGCAUUAAGUGAAAUUGUGCUGGUUUUCAUUUGUAUAUGCAUCUCUCUUAGCACAUUUGUUACUCGUAUUUGCCACAAGUAAGCGAAGCUAUUCCUCUUAAAUUAUUGGUGUUUUCCCACAUUUAUUGAUGCAGCUAUGGUACCAUUUGUAAAUUUGCUCCUGACUGUAUUGUACAUACUUAAAGACUUAAGCAUGGUUUACGUUUUAUAUACAUUUUUACGACAUUUGUAAGAAUAAAAUUGUUUGAAAUUAAA